UUAUUAUACGUCAAUAUUGACUAUCUUCUUUUAGUAGUCUAAAAAUUCUACGAUAACAGGUGCGUAACACAACUACACCACAACCACGCAACAAUACACGUCAGCGCAAUACACAUGCGUCAUUUCUAUGGUAACAGCUUGCAGUUCGACGCCGUAAACAGAGGGUUAAGAGUCUCAAUUGUUUCGUAAAUCGCGGUUUAGUUGGGUGUCACUGGUCAAAGCUCCAAAGAAGGGAGCGAAGCUCUCUUUUUUACGCAGUAUGUCAGUAGAAGGACAAUUUUUUCUUUCCGUUACCGGUUCCAUCGAAUAUGCAGAGUUCUAUGAUGUCAAUAACGCUUACUGCAAGUACAGCUUUUAUUUCGGACCAGACUGGAGUGUCGUUGCGGGAAUCGAGGAGGGACUUACGCAAAUGUGCAAGUGCAGUAACGAUCCAAGGAACCUCGCCGUUUGGAAUUUUCCAUUAGACAUUACAUUCAAGAGUACAAACCCGCACGGAUGGCCGCAGCUUAUCAUGUCGAUUUAUGGCUUGGAUCUCUUCGGCCACGACGUCAUUAGAGGAUACGGGGUCUGUCAUUUGCCUCUGAAAACCGGACGUCAUGAGAAAAGGGUGCCGAUCUACGUGCCGGAGUCGUCAUCCACGCUGCAGCACUUCGUGCAAUGGUUAACCGGCAGGAGACCGGAAUUAAUUGAUCCCACUAUACUGGCAUCCGGCGGCGGCAGAGAACUCACACGCAUGAGGGUCGAGGGAGCUGUUACCAUAACGUUCAACGUCGUUUUGAAGGAUUUGUUCAAGUUGGGUUACGACAACGGCGAGAAAUGGAAGAAAUGAUAACGCGUUCGUAAAGUCUCUCUCAGCCUGAAGAGGAUUACCUUCCGCCAGGGGGCGGAUUAUCUUAUCAAAGAGCUACAAUGCAUAAUCCUGUUUUAUAAAUAAUAUUUUGAUGAAUAAACGAGGUGUGAUUUUUCCCGUAUAA